UUUAUUUGCACUUAUACAAUUAUAUAUUUAUAAAUAAAUAUAUAUCUAUAUGAUUUAAUUCAUAUAAAUAAUCAAUUUAUAUUAAUCUUUAGUCUAUAGAAUAUUUAUUGUUAUAUUUAUAAUAUUAGUAUUAUAUAUUAAUAUCUUAUAGUUAUAUAUAUAAGCAUAUGAAAUUUUAUUUUAAUUUCACUUUGAACAAAAUUCAAAUUUAAAUUGCUUAUAUAGCAGUGAUACCAAUUACGAAAGUAGAAAAAAAUAUUCCAAAGAGCGUAAACAUGGCCUCGCGGUAUAAUCACGCUAUUCAGCGAGUUUUAGCAAAAUUAGAAGCAUCUAUAAAUUCGGAAAAUUAUUAUGAAGCUCAUCAAAUGUAUAGAACUUUAUACUUCAGAUAUCUUGGACAGAAAAAGUAUUCGGAACUUUUGGAAUUACUAUAUAAUGGUUCUACACUUUUAUUACAGCACGAACAACAUGCAAGUGGAGCUGAUUUAGGAAUUUUAUUUGUAAAUGUUUUAACACAAUCAGGAACAGAACCUUCUCAAGAUUAUUUUGAAAAAAUUACAAACUUGUUUAGUAUAAUGAGUCCUUUAUCACCUGAAAGAGAUGUUUUUGUACAAUCUGCUCUUCGAUGGAGUAUAAAGAAUACAGAUUAUAAAAUAGGUCAUCCAGAUUUGCAUCAAAAAAUAGCACAAGUAUUUUGGAGAGAAAAAAAUUAUGUAAUGGCAAGACAACAUUUCAUAUAUAGUCGAGAUGGUUCUGGAUGUGCUGCAAUGCUUGUUGAGCUUCAUGAACAACGUGGUUACAAAAAUGAAAUAGAUCUUUUUAUAGCCCAGGCAGUCUUGCAAUAUCUCUGUUUACAAAAUAAAACAACUGCACAAGAAGUUUUCAAUUCUUAUACUUCACAACAUCCGAAAAUAAACAGAGGUCCACCAUAUCUUCUACCUUUAUUGAAUUUUUUUUUUUUAUUAAAAAUAGUUGAUAGUGGUAAACUUGCUGUAUUCACAGUACUUUGUGAGCAAUAUCGAAUAUCUUUAAAUAGAGAUCCAUGUUAUCGACAGUACUUAGAUAAAAUAGGACAAUUAUUUUUUAAUGUUCCAUCCCCACGUCCUCGCAAUCAAGGAUUAUUUGGUACACUUUUACAAUCUUUUUUUAAUGGUCUUGAAGAUGAAGGUUCAGAUGACGAACAAAGAAAUACUGCUUCAACUUCACAAACAGCACAAGAGCUUGAUUGAUUAAAAGUUACACGUCACUGUGCAAUGUGAUGAAAGUAAAUAAUUAACUUAUAUAUGUGUAUAUAUAUAUGUGUGUGUGUUUGUGUAUGUAUGUAUAUAUAUACAUAUAUAUAUAUAUAUAUUUAUAGUAGUGUCCCAUAUAUUUUCAAUAUACACAUUAUGUUGAUCUUUUUAGAUCUUUGAAUAUAUUGAAAUUAAUUUUUUUAAAUGAUUUGUACAGAUAAACUUAUUUAAAAUAAAAAUAUGUGGGAUGCAUUUCUAGAGGAAUUUUUCAAAGUUAUAAGUUAGGAUUCAUCAAAAAAUAAACCUGCAUAGAGACAAAACUUUCAUGAAAAAUAGUAACUCAUAUGUAUCUUUCUGUCAUUCAUCUGCCUGUUUUGAUAUUAUAUUCGAAGAUUAUUUAAUAUAUUGGAACUGGGAUAAAACUUUCGAAUCAUAUAUAUAGAAUCCUAUUUAAAUUACUGUGAAAUUUAAAAACAAACAUGAACUUUGAAUAAAAUCCUUGUACUAAUAAUAAUCUACAUAUAAUAAUGUAUGUUUAAAAAAAAAACAUGUAUUUGAGUAUAACUGCUGAAAUGAAGAUUUAUUUUAUAUAAAUUUAAUCGUAUGACAAAUAAACGUGACAUAACAUUUAUAGCUACAGAAAAGAGUGCUUAAUGAAAUUACUUGUUGCUGAAAUACUAAAUAAAUGGAGUGAAUCAUACGUAAGUAAUUGUCAUAGCAGCAAGUAAAAUAUUUAUUUAUUAUAAACUCUAUACUAGUAUAAUUUAUAUCGUUUAAAAAUUUUUAGCAAAAAAAAAAUUCGUAUUUAAUUAU